AUGGCCAUGGGGGACUACAAGAAGCGCAUUCGAGAUGAUGUGGGGCUGAGUUUUGUACAUCCUACGAUUCCUGCCAAUGCCACGUUCGAGUUGAAGGGACAUAUCCUUACUGCACUUAAGGAUAUCCCAUUUUACGAGAAAGAUCAUGAGGAUGCUUUCAAACACUUAGACGAGGUGAACGAUAUUGCGGAUUAUUUUAAUACUCCCAAUAUCCCAAGGGAGACAGCUUUGCUAAGGAUGCUACCAUUCACUUUCAAGGGAGUAGCAAAAGACUGGUUAAAGGCACUCCCACUUGGUACGAUCACCACAUGGGCCCAGUUGCAUGAGAGAUUCCUAGAUCAAUUUUGUCCACCCUCCAAAAUCUCUAAACUCAAGAAGGAAAUUGCCAACUUUGAGCAAAAUCCGGGGGAGUCAUUAUACGAGGCCUGGGAACGUCACAAGGGGUUGUUAAGGAAUUGUCCUCAACAUGACCUUAAUAUUCAGCAGGAGAUGUCAAUAUUCUAUGAUGGGGUGAAUGUCAUGACUAGACAACUCCUUGAUUCGCAAGGACUACUAACGAAGAAGAACCCAAAUCAGGCCAAGGAUCUGAUUGAAGAGUUUUCAAGGCACUCUCGUGAGUAUCACAACCCAGGGCGUGAUGGAAUAACAGGCAGUGGAGGUACACGAACUGAAGAGAUGGCUGAUGUGAUGGCAAUGCUUAACACUAUGGAUAGGAGAUUGACUCAAUUGGACCAAUCAAUUCAUGCAAUUCGAGUUGGUUGCGAGAGAUGUAGUGGCCCACACUUGACAAAAGAUUGCAAUAUGGAUGAAUAUGGGAACAAGAAAGCUCAAGUAUGCUACUCAAGUGGGGACAAGUAUGAAGAAGAUUGGAGAAAACCAAAGAAGGAGUGGCUGCCUUAUGAAGAAUACAACAAGCAAAAAGAAGAGAAAUUUAGGAAAACUGGCUGGGGCUUCUGUUGGAUAAGCUUCAGAAAAAGAAGUAUAAUGAAGAAUCAUCAUGAAAUGAUGAUAGAUCAGCAAGCAUUAAUAAAGAAUCAACAAGCCUCCAUCAAUAAUCUUGAAGUACAACUUGGUCAACUUACCACUUUGGUUAAUGAGAGGAUGUUCCCGAAAAAUCCUGAAAACAAAACUCACUCUCAUGUGGUGGCCAUAGAUAUUGAAGAAGAGGCAAUUUCUGAGUUCCUAGAAGCCUUAGAAGUGGAGCCACAACAGCCCAAUCCAAAGCCAAAGAAGCCAAAGCUCGAAAAUGAAGAAGCUGCUGGAACACCCAGUUCACGUCGUGAGCUCGCUAAGCUCACGUCGUGGGCUCAGUCUGAACAUAGUAAUUCCGUAUUUGUUCUAGCUUAUGAACCACCUUUGCCAUUCCCGUCUAGAGCUUAUCUCAGUUUGCUGGAGAGAGAACAUCUGGAGUUUAUCAAGCAAUUGAAGGGUAUUCCUAUUAAUACUCCUUUUAUUGAUUCACUUGCAAAAGUUCCAGAAUAUGCUAAGUUCUUACAAGAUUUAUUAGACACUCGUUAG